AUGCAACGUCCAAACAUCUCAACAAGGAUCGGAACAACCUCCAACGGUCGCGACAAACCCCAAAGCACUCCAAACUGGCGAGGUUGGAGGCCAGACAAGCCAAAGCCAGGAGUGACAACGGAUGCAAAUUCUGUACUGGCUCUACAUGGCGAGGAUCAUGAUCCCAACCUAGCCGAGACGUCGUCAAACCGUCCUGGGCCUCCUCCGAAACCGCGUCAACCCUCGCCAAAGAAGCAAAAGACUACCCAGAGAUAUGUUGAUCCAGCUUGGUCCAGGAAGGAAGGAUCUUCAAACUGGGUUGGGCGAAGGGUCGAGUAUCAAAGGGAUCCACGUGAUGUUCCUCGCUAUCGCAACGACUAUGAGAGACAGAUUGACGAGGACCAUGAAAGAGAAUAUCGCCUGGAUGCUUGGAGUCGCCAUCGAGAACGAGUCAUCCCUCGCGAGGAACCAACUCGUGGUGCUCCAAGAGACUCUUAUCAAUCGUCUGGCUCCCAGUCGUACCGCAUGGGUGCCGGCAUGCCAUCUCCCAGUACCAUUCAAGCAGUCCACGGUCGCCCGGAGACAAAACACCAGUCAUCACUCUCGUCAUUACCAUCCACACCAGACUUACAUACGGAUGCAAAGACUGGGAAUAAUAAUGCACAUAAUGACGUAUCUUCAUCUUUGGAAGUUACGACACUUGUCGAAGACCUCAGGAUGGGUUCCCCUCAUGAGGAAUCUUUGCAAGAUCCCGGAGCUACAACUUUGUCAUACGAUUCUCCUCUGGGAACUAUCAAGUCAGAAGAGACAUCCAACAUACCAGGACUUGAAACAGAUGAGAGACACCGUCCGGAACUUUCUACAUCUCUCAAGCGCACAUUCUCCUCACUACCAGCUUCUCCUGACCAGCUCGAUUCAUUCAAGCGCCGUCGAGUGUCAGAAACUGAUCCCGCUCUCAAGUCUGAUUCGUCAGAAGUAGGGACACUUACUACGACGAUCAAGCCAGAAUCGGCGGAGCAAACAUCUGUCGCUUCGGUAGUCAUCAAUGCGGAACCUCAAGUCAAAAGAGAGCCGUCUCCAGACCGAUUACCUUCCCCUAUCGACGUCGACGCCCCGCCGCUGAGCCUAUACGAGCAACUUGGAUUACCAGGGCGAACAUCUGGUUCACAUCGGGUACCCCGUCCCAAGUUUUCCAGGUCUCAGGUCGUCGAACGAAGUGCCUGGGCAGAGAAGAUGUCAAAUGCAAUUCGAUGGGUCAGAGGCAACGAGCAUGCUCCACUGGAAAUGGGCAAUAUCUUUUGGAGGGCAGACGGGCAAACCCCAAUACUCACCUACCAUGAUCAUCAAGAAACGGUUGAAGCUCCCAACGCCAGUAUACAACAAGCCCAGCGACUGGAGAGCAACGGGGAUGCGAAUGCUAAUCGCUCAAUGGUCAUUGAUGACGCUGUAUCCGGCCUACGAAUGUUAUCAGCGGAGACGUUGUCUGGGGUCGCCAUCUGUUUUCUGGAUCGAUACACUCGAUGCUUUGACCACCUACAGAGUCGCAAGGAGCUGCGCAAGGCAUAUUCUGUUGAUGCGAUCAUGACUCUCCAAUUCAACGACUUGCCAACGGAAGGCACUUGUCCUCGCGUUGGUAAUCCUCGCCGACAGGGUCAUUCAAUCGUCGAACUUGCCGAGCGAGAAAACGGAAGAAAUCUCCUGCUCGACUCGGAUCGAGUGCCGAAUCAUCCUGGGUACAAGCAACGGUUCCGGCGAUCUUUCAACGCGGGAUCAGACGCUAUCAUUGCGAAGCUUUUGGAGUUUGACGACCUGAUGCACUCACCAACUAUCGACUCUCCGUCUCAGUUCCAAUUCCACAUCGUGGCGUUUGCGGACCUUGGUUGCCUGCUUCUCACGUUUCAUGGAGAACUAUUCAAUAGAGCCACAGUGGAGAGACCGAGCUCUGUCGUUGUCCGAUUCGAUAGGACGUUCUUGUUGCGACAAAACGAUUUCAAGUCCCAAUCUUGGUAG